UCGCCGAUUGGUUGUGAUCCUGGAGGGCGGGGCCUGGGCUCAGAGAGAGGGAAUUAGGGUGAGCAGGGUGAGUGGGAGCUGCCUUCGCCGCCACCGCCGUCUGGGUAGCCGCCUUUGCCGCGCCAGAGCCUUCAGCAAGUGUUUAUUGAAGGAGUAUUAUGUGCUGACCCUGUGCCGGACUCUGGGGAUGCAAAGCUUCAGUUUCCUCGCCUGGACACUCCGAGCCUCUGCGGCUCCUUGUUCAGGGAUUCUGGAACAAGAGCAGCGAGACUGGUUCAGAAGGCCUUGAAGUCGGGCUCCUGGGCCCUGAGGGAGACUGGGUGGCUUCUCAAACCUUCUCUCCUGGCUCCCAGCUCCGUCGGGGCCAUGUCCGAGCGAGAAGAGCGGCGGUUUGUGGAGAUCCCUCGGGAGUCGGUCCGGCUGAUGGCGGAGAGCACGGGCCUGGAGCUGAGCGAUGAGGUGGCAGCUCUUCUCGCGGAGGAUGUGUGUUACCGUCUCAGAGAGGCCACCCAGAAUAGCUCUCAAUUCAUGAAACAUACCAAACGGCGGAAGCUGACUGUCGAGGACUUCAACAGGGCCCUCCGCUGGAGCAGCGUGGAGGCUGUGUGUGGCUAUGGAUCCCAGGAGGCGCUGCCCCUGCGCCCUGCCAGGGAGGGCGAGCUCUACUUCCCUGAGGACCGAGAGGUGAACCUGGUAGAGCUGGCCCUGGCCACCAACAUCCCUAAAGGCUGUGCCGAGACAGCUGUGAGAGUUCAUGUGUCCUACCUAGAUGGCAAAGGGAACCUGGCGCCUCAAGGAUCAGUGCCCAGCGCCGUGUCUUCGCUGACCGAUGACCUUCUCAAGUACUACCAGCAAGUGACUCGAGCCGUGCUGGGGGACGAUCCACAGCUGAUGAAGUUUCUACUUGGGGCUGGAGGACCCAGUGCAGUCUGGCCUCUUCCUUUUCAGGUCGCUCUCCAGGACCUGCAGACGAACUCCAAGAUCGCAGCACUCCUCCCCUACUUUGUUUACGUGGUCAGUGGGGUGAAAUCUGUAAGCCACGAUCUGGAGCAGCUGCACCGGCUCCUGCAAGUGGCUCGGAGCCUGGUUCGGAACCCACACCUCUGCCUGGGGCCCUAUGUCCGCUCCCUGGUAGGGAGUGUCCUCUACUGCGUGCUGGAGCCACUGGCUGCCUCCAUCAACCCUCUGAACGACCAUUGGACUCUUCGGGAUGGGGCUGCCCUCCUGCUCAGCCACAUCUUCUGGACACACGGGGACCUUGUGAGUGGACUUUAUCAGCAGAUCCUGCUCUCCCUGCAGAAGGUGUUGGCAGACCCUGUGCGGCCUCUCUGCUCUCACUACGGGGCUGUGGUGGGGCUGCAUGCCCUCGGCUGGAAGGCAGUGGAACGAGUACUGUACCCACACCUGUCCACUUACUGGACAAAUCUGCAGGCUGUGCUAGAUGAUUACUCCGUAUCUAAUGCCCAAGUUAAAGCAGAUGGACACAAGGUCUACGGAGCCAUUCUGGUGGCCGUGGAGAGACUGCUUAAGAUGAAGGCCCAGGCGGCAGAGCCCAGCAAGGGGGGCCCAAGCGGCAGAGGGUGCCGGCGCUCGGACGACCUGCCCUGGGACAGCCUUCUCCUGCAGGAGUCUCCCUCCGGGGGCAGCGCGGAGCCAGGCUUUGGGUCUGUCGUCCCGCCGCCGCCAGGAGGCGCGGGGCCGGAGGAUCCUUCCCCAUCGGUGACCCUGGCGGACAUCUACCGGGAGCUGUACGCCUUCUUCGGUGACAGCUUGGCCACCCGCUUCGGCACGGGCCAGCCCGCGCCCACCACUCCGCGGCCGCCCGGGGACAAGAAGGAGCCGGCGGCCGCUCCGGACUCGGUGCGGAAGAUGCCGCAGCUGACGGCCAACGCCAUGGUCAGCCCGCAGGGCGACGAGAGUCCCCGGAGCUGCGGCCCCGCGGCGGCCUCCGCGCCCGCCGCCUCUGAGAGCAGGCCGCUGCCGCGCGUGCAUCGGGCGCGGGGGGCGCCCCGGCAGCAGGGCCCCGGCACCCGGGACGUCUUCCAGAAGAGCCGUUUCGCCCCGCGCGGCGCCCCCCACUUCCGCUUCAUUAUUGCCGGGCGGCAGGCCGGGAGGCGAUGCCGCGGGCGCCUCUUCCAGACCGCCUUCCCCGCGCCGUACGGGCCCAGCCCGGCCUCCCGCUACGUGCAGAAGCUGCCCAUGAUCGGCCGCACCGGCCGCCCGGCCCGCCGCUGGGCACUGUCGGACUACUCGCUGUACCUGCCGCUCUGAAGCGGCGCUGACCGCCCCCCAGCCCCGCCCACCGGCCUCUGUAAAUAAAGCCCCUGUCGGAAGUGA